UUUCGGUUCAGUAGUUGUUCUCAAGGCCCAGAAGAAGAAGGUACGAAUAAAGAGUGACAUUGUCGUCUCAGGUCUCACGCACUGCUCCAAAAUCUCAACUAUUUCCCAAACAACUUAGCAGAAAAGCUUUCCAAAAAAUACUCGUAAAUUCCCCCGAAACAGCGAAAAUGGGCAAAGGUUCGCCUACUCCACUAGACCAACCUGCCGAAUUAAACUUCACUGAGGACUACGGAUACACAUCCACACUGACCCCAGUGCUGCGACAAGUAGCGAAGAAGGAGCUCCGAGAAGAUGACAGGAUUCGUGACCAGGCUUUGGGCGAGAUGCGACAAUGGAUCAAAAAGACAAGCUACAUUAAAAACUGUCGUCUGGACGCCAACUUCCUCCUCAGGUUUCUUCGACACAAAAAGUAUCACGUGCCCAUGGCUCAGGACACUUUGGUUCGUUACAUCACGAUGAGACAGGAGCAUCCCCACUGGUUUAACAACACGUCAAUGUAUGACCCCGUCGUCCUCGACUUGAUCAACCGAGGGGUGGCUUUUGCCCUUCCGGAGAGGGAUCGACAUGGACGUCGCGUCUUAUUUACGGUUGGAGGUAACAUUGACCCGUACAAGCACCGGGCAGAAGAUGUGAUGAAGGCCAUCAUGGUUUGCUUCGAGUCUCUCUUGGAGGACGAGGAGAAUCAGGUUCAAGGUUUUUCCUACAUUUUGGACGAGAGUGGGAUUACGACCACCCAUCUGGCCAACCUGUGGCGUCCUUCGGAAAUGACGAAAAUCUUCGCCACGACCGAGAAAGGGAUGCCUAUGAGACAUCGCUCCAUGCAGUUCAUGCGUCUCCCCCUCAUCGUCUCGGCUGUGUUCAACUUUGCCAAAACCCUCAUGUCCUCUAAGCUUCAAAAACGGAUCGUGGUCUUCAAGGGGGAUGACGAUUUUAAGAAAAACUGCGACAACGCCAUCCUUCCCAAAGAGUAUGGAGGCAAACUUCCCAUGGCAAAAAUGAUUGAAAUGUUCAAAGAGGAAAUCCGGGAGAGGCAAGAUCGGCUCGUGGACUUGGACAAAAUGCGGGUAGACCUCCAGACAAUGACUACCAAACCAGGAGACAAAUGUGGGGCGACCAGCCUGAUCAACGGAAUUGGGCUUCCUGGGAGUUUUAGAAAAUUAGAGAUUGAUUAACUCCGAGUCGGAGUCUUUCAUUAACAUACAUUAUUAACUGGUACUUGAUGUGCAUUGACGACAAUAAUAUAAUUUUAAUGACCCUUUAGAGAAAGAGGUAGGGACUCUCUUGAAUCCAUGAAAUUCUUUAUACUUAACUGAUUUCGCCUUUAACAAUAACAGUAACAAUACUUGCUAAGGUUAGACACCAGUGUCGUCGUACCAGAAUUGACACUGUUAAUAGAUAUUUUCGCAAUUUUUGAUAAUUUUAUAAUACGCAUGACACAUGAAGAAGAAGCAACCAGCUUUAAAACAGAGAAAAUGACAAUACUUUUAAUUUAAUUACACGGAAAUUACUUAAAAUAAAUGCGUAAACGUGAAA